GAAGCAGUGCGCAUGCACAGUGAUGCGAAAGCGAAAAGGCGAGCAGAAGAAAGCAGCUCGCACCGGCAACGACCAAGGGCACAUAACGGGGCAGGUGCCGUGGACACGGCGUGAUAAGAGCGUUAACUGCGACCACAGUGACCUGUGUUACCGACCUGGGUAUUUUUAGGCUGUUAAAGGGGCGCGACUUAUACCGCUUCGUUCUCUACCCAGCUAACCUACGGCUCGAUUUCUUCUGAGGUUCUGAAGAGCCCUCGAGGGUUUGACGCCAGGAUGGCUGGCGAAAACGACAACCCAAACCCCGGCUCGAGGAUCAUGACGUUCUAUCCGACCAUGGAAGAGUUUCGCAACUUCAAGCGAUACAUCGCUUACAUUGAGUCGCAAGGAGCGCACCGCGCUGGGUUGGCAAAGGUUGUUCCUCCGAAGGGAUGGAAGCCGCGAACCUGUUACGACGAUUUGGACGAUCUGGUUAUUCCAGCCCCGAUUCAGCAGGUGGUCACCGGCCAGUCUGGACUCUUCACUCAGUAUAACAUCCAGAAGAAACCGAUGACCGUCAAAGAGUUUCGGCGUAUUGCUAAUAAUGACAAGUAUUGCACUCCCCGCUACGCAGACUUUGAAGACUUGGAACGCAAGUACUGGAAAAAUCUGACAUUUAACGCCCCCAUCUAUGGUGCAGACGUGAACGGUUCUUUGUAUGACAAGGGCAUUGAAGAGUGGAACAUUGGGCGUCUGAACACGAUUCUGGAUGUGGUGGAGAGGGAGAGUGGGAUAACCAUAGAAGGAGUAAACACGCCCUACCUGUACUUUGGCAUGUGGAAAACCUCAUUCGCCUGGCAUACUGAAGAUAUGGAUCUUUACAGCAUCAAUUACUUGCAUUUUGGUGAACCCAAGUCCUGGUACACUGUCCCCCCUGAGCACGGGAAAAGGCUGGAGAGGCUAGCCAAAGGCUUUUUUCCUGGAAGUGCUCAAAGCUGCGAAGCCUUCCUACGUCACAAAAUGACUCUCAUUUCCCCCUUUAUCCUGAAGAAGUACGGCAUCCCUUUUGGCAAGAUAACUCAAGAAGCUGGUGAAUUUAUGAUCACUUUCCCAUACGGCUACCACGCUGGCUUUAACCAUGGAUUCAACUGUGCAGAGUCCACCAAUUUUGCUACUUUACGGUGGAUCGAGUACGGGAAGCAGGCUGUUCUGUGUUCUUGCAGGAAGGACAUGGUCAAAAUAUCCAUGGAUGUGUUUGUGCGGAAAUUCCAGCCUGAGCGCUACAAACUGUGGAAAUCGGGGAAAGACGUUGGCCCCAUCGACCAUACGCAGCCAACUCCAGAGGCUGCCGAGUUCACUGACGACCAAACUGAAUCUGAGCAGAAAAAAAGUGUGGCCAAACACCGCAUUGGAACCAAGAGGCACCGAGUGUGUCUGGAGGUGCCGAAGGAGCUGAGUGGAGACUUCUCUGCGGAGGACUUCUGCCCCGUGCCGUGCGAUGUGGACACCCCGUGUGUCGCACAGGUCAAAGAGGCUGAGAGUGGCACGGAUGACGCUAUGGAGCCAGGCUCCUCUGGACAAACUUUUGAAACUCUUAAGAACGUUCAGAGUUUCAGUCUCCCAGGACAGGAUCCGGCGUUUUCCAACCCAGGCAGCCCAUCGACCAGCCGGCAGAGUUCGGCUCCAUCUUCCUCCUCCUCUCAGGACAGUUUCCCCGACAGCUCGGGCUCGUCAGACACGGACUCCGACGCACAGCAGAGCAGCCACUCCGGGAAGAAGCAUUCUGUUCAUAGCUACGCCAAGGGGAAUGACAACAAGGCAGUGAGAAAGAAAAAGAGCAACAUGGCCAGCUUCACGGAGCAGGACCUGAAAGAGGUUGCUAAAAAGCACAUGAAGUCCCUGAAAGAGAACAUGAACGCUAAAAGCCGCCGCCAACCUCUGUCCAAGCUCCCUCGUUACCAUCCUCUGGUGAUGAAAGAGAGCGGCAGUGAUGAUGAUGUCCCGGACCAGAUUUUAAUGGAUGAGGAAUUUGAAGAAGCGGAGUCGUGGGCCAAGCGUCUCUCCCAACUGUGGCAGAAUAAACCUCCCAAUUUCCAGGCGGAGCGAGAUUUCAAUAUUGCGAUGUCCCUUUCUCCGCCGCACUGCGCGGUCUGCAUGCUCUUCCAGUCUUACUCUUAUCCGUCAGAGUCUGGAGAAACUCCUGUGAAAUCUGACCCAAGCGCAGUUGGAUUCCAGAUGAAGACCAAACCGCUUAUCCCAGAGAUGUGUUUCACGACCACCAGCAGCAGCACCGAACUCAACCUUUCUGCCCCUUUCCUGGAAGAAGAUGGAACGAGCCUCCUCGUAACCUGCAAAAACUGCUGCGUGUGCGUCCAUACCAGUUGUUAUGGAGUGCCUCGAGAAAAAGCUGUCGACGGUUGGAUUUGCUCAAGGUGCGAAGAGAAUGCUUUAACAGAGGACUGCUGUCUGUGUUCUCUGCGAGGCGGUGCUCUGCAGAAGGCUAAUGAUAACCGGUGGGUGCACGUGAUGUGCGCUGUGGCUGUGGCAGAAGCCAAAUUUGUAAACAUCGCAGAGCGCCGUCCGGUGGAUAUCAGUAAAAUCCCGCUGCAGAGGUUCAGACUGAAAUGUGCUUUCUGCAAGAAAAGGAGAAAGAGAGUUGCGGGGUGCUGUGUUCAGUGCUCACACGGACGCUGCCCCACGUCCUUCCACGCCUCCUGUGCCCAGGCAGCCGGGGUCGUGAUGCAGCCCGAUGACUGGCCCUUCGUCGUCUUCAUAACAUGUUUCAGGCACAAAUCCACCAACAAUGACGGAAAAGAUUCAAACAAGGACAUCGUUCUUGGGCAGACAGUAAUCAGCAAACAUAAAAAUGGCAGAUACUAUCAGUGCGAGGUGGUCAAACUAUCCAAGGAAACGUUCUACGAGGUCAAUUUUGACGACGGCUCCUUCAGCGAUAACUUAUAUCCAGAGGAUAUCGUGAGUCGCGACUGCCUUACGAUGGGACCCCCUCCUGCCGGAGACAUUGUGCAAGUCCGUUGGACAGAUGGAUUGGUUUAUGGUGCCAAGUUUGUUGCAUCUCACACCAUUCAAAUGUAUCAGGUGGAGUUUGAAGAUGGGUCCCAGCUGGCCGUGAAGCGAGAUGAUGUUUACACUCUAGACGAAGAGUUGCCAAAGAAAGUGAAAACCCGCUUGUCCGUGGCAUCUGACAUGCGCUUCACAGAAAUCUUCACCGAGAAGGAAGUAAAACAAGAAGUGAAGAGACAGAGAGUCAUCAACUCCAGAUAUCGGGAAGAUUACAUCGAGCCCGCGCUCUACCGCGCCAUCAUGGAGUGAGGCUGGGACCAGCCAAGGCCACCACUCCUCUCUGCCCAACAUCAAUAGAAGAGGACAACAGCCUGUGUGUUCUGGGAGCGCAAAAUUGUGGCCAAAUAUUUGAUACAUUAUUGGAAAAUGGGACCUUACGAAUUCUACUGUGAUCUGGCAUAAUUAACAUUUGAAACUUUAAGAAAAAAUAAUUUAAGGGAAAAAGUCCUACCAUUUUUUACAAAGUGGUAACGAAGAAAUAUACUUUCCUGCUGGCUUGUGUCACCUGCGUUUUGGGCAGCUCUCUGAAGACUUGUGAUAAAGUUCUUGCCCGCACUUUGACGACUUUCCGAACAGUGUUAAAGGUGCUUGCUCUCAUGUCUUAUUCUUUCUUUUUUUUUUAAGUUUUUGACAUGUUUUCUUCUCUCCUAUUUCAACAUAACCCGUGGAGGAUUUACUCCAAUCGCACCAUUUGACCUGGAGAAAAACUGAGGAAACGCGGGAGUGACUUUAAUAAAUUUCGCUCCUCGCCCUCUUAUUGUCAGAUCCAAGAAACUGGGAUUUGAACAUCAAUUGAGACUUUUUUUUUUUUCCUGAAUCAAUUAGAUUCUACCUUCCAUUUGAUAAACUUUGCGUUGGGAUAUGCUGCGUUCUUGUGCAGAAAGCGUGGACUUGUCUAUAAAAUAAACUAGCAGGUUCCUCUCACUCUUUGCGGAUGGAUUUUUUGCGGCAGGUGCAUUUUGUGAUUUGCGGUUACGAUGUCUUGCGCUGGAGGUUGGACGUUGGGCCUUCUCAUUUUCUAAUCGGUGUCUACCUCUCGCUUAACAGCUAAAUGUCUGUUCAUGAAAUUGUAAACUGAUCUGAUUUGGUUCCGCCUCUGCCUGUUCACCGUCGCGUGACCGUGAAGUAUCACAAACAGGUGCUACAGUCCUACGGUGGAGCCCGCCGGCGUAUGAUAACGAAACAAUCGCACAGAUGUAUGGGGGUAUCUAUAUAGAGCAAGGGACUUAUUUUGCCCACAAGUGGACUUUGGGUGCUACCGUGUAAGGGUGAAUUGUCGAGUAUAAUUUUAUAUUUGUACUUAAAUGCACACUAUAUCUUUUUAUAAGAUGAGUUGGAAAAACAUUGCAUUGCCGCUACUUUUUCUUUUUGUCGAGCAUUCUGUCCAUUUUGUUUUCUACCGCUGAAGUGACAGUAUUUUACAGAAUAGCAUGUAAAAGCUGUGGGCUUGUUAAGAGUUCCGAUACCCCUUGUAUCUCCCUGCCUGCUGGUUUUGUAAUUUGGCUCUAAAUCUUGAGCCAAGACGUGUAUUUUAUAAAGAGCCGUUUUUAACACAGUGCAGCAAAUGGACCGCUUUUGUAUAUAUAUUUCUAUUUAAAUAGGUAAUUUAAUUCAUGCGGUUGCGUGAACCCCUGAAGUGCUAGAAAUAUCGGGUGACUGCUGGUAAACGGAUAAAACAAGUGCAGAAUAAUCAGAAUGGAUGAAAGCGGUUGCCGGAAUUGCCCCAAUCUCCGGGGCAAAGUUGGAACCUCCAAGCCAUCAGGAACUUCUCUUACCCCGAGCUAGAAAACGAGUCUACGGAAGCAAGUCCUGUUCUUUGAUCGUACCGUGGCUGAUGCGUCUUCUGCACUUCAAUCGUUGUUUUAUUUUAUUUAAGUUCUUUCAUCGUAGAGGACCUGUUCAUAAAUGUGUUGCUUACCUACCCGGUGCUGGAGCGGCCAGCUUAAAAUUCAAACCUGUGUUUUGAAGAAAGGAAAAAAAAAAUGCAUUUUGUUUUCUUUUUAAACUAAAUCUUUAAAUUAUAUUGCUCGGUAGAUCAUUCAUUUUUAGCAAUAAACUUGUGUGACGUGCAUUGCUUGUCUGUGAAUGUUGUUUGAAAAUGUACGGUUUUAAGUAAAAUGAAUACAGGUUUCGGUGUUUUGUCCUGGAA